AUGGAGCAAGGAAAGGAAGGGUUUGCCUUUGUCGUUCUGCUCAGCUAUAAGAAUCUGGAUACUCUGAAGGACAGUUUUUCUCAUCAGAGCCAGCAGCUCAUGUCCAGUGCUGUGACGGUGUCCGUUAGCAACUCCAACACAACAAACCUGCCCCAACCGGUUAAUCUCACCUUCAAUCACCUGCAGUCCAGUGAUGUUGACUCCACCUGUGUUUAUUGGUCGGAUGAGAAUGGACCGGGGGAGUGGUCUGGGCAGGGUUGCACUUCAGUGAUGUCAAACUCCACCCACACUGUGUGCUCCUGCAACCAUCUCAGCACAUUUGCUCUGCUGAAGGGAAUCCAUCAGAAAAAGAGAAGCGGGCAGCUGUCGGUGGUGAUGUGGGUGGGCAUUUCUGUGGCACUGGCCUUUGUGGUCCUGUCCCUGAUCACGAUCCUCUGGUGUCGCAAUUUCAGCCGCAAACGCCGUGGAGGACACCGGCUGGAACAUGAUGCACAGCUCCAUAGCAAAUAAGACAUGGAUUUGAACUAUUGGUGUUAUAAGAAAAGCUUUACUUGGAAUCCAUUUGCAACAUUGUCUCUUGGCUUGCAAGGACAUCCAAAUGCCAGCAUUUUUUAUUUAAUUAAGUAGUAUAAAAAUGUAUCAAACAAACAAAAAUAUAAGAACACAUAACUUUAUGUUAAUAGAUAUACAAUAUCUAAUGUAUAUAACUAUUAUCAGUUCCAGACUGUAACAGCAGAGCUCUCAUCUCUAUGGCAAAAUACAUAAGUCAUUUUAGUCUCAUAAGCAUGGUCUGUAAUUUGUAGCAUACAUUUUUCUAGAAUAGUGGUAUAUCCACUCAAAGCUGUAUUUGUCCAGUAUCAUGCCACUUGGUUGUUGUUGUAACUGAGUUAUUUUAAGUGAAAGUAAUAUUUGUCCUGUGUAUUAAAACGUAUUU